AGCAGCCGAAGCCACGCGCAGAGUCAAUGGUUGGCGGGAGCCGUGCGUGGACGUGCUUGUGUUACCUAGUGGAUGGAUUCCAGGAUGUUCCUUGCCCUCCUGGUCGUCACACUGCUCACGAAAGCGACCUGCGGGCUGCGGCUGCUGCGACUCGACGUACCGUCCAUCAUGCGUCGGGGCGAGCAGACCUGGCUCAACUGCAGCUACGACCUGGAGCGGGACCAGCUGUACUCCAUCAAGUGGUACAAGAACAACGUCGAGAUCUACCGCUACCUGCCCAGCGAGACGCCCCGCGUCAAGGUGUACAACAUGCCCGGCAUACACAUCGACGUAUCGCGUUCCAACAUUAGCGACUUGUACCUGAACGACACGGAUCUCAACUCGGAAGGGAAAUACCGGUGCGAAGUGUCAGCCGAGUCCCCGUCUUUUCAGACCGAACGUGCGCAGAAGGAAAUGAUCGUCUACGUUUUGCCAUAUGAGGAUCCUGUCAUCAAGGGAUUGUACAGCCAGUACCAACUGGGUGACUUGGUCAAUCUAACUUGCUCAUAUGGGCCCUCGAAACCGAACGCUUCUUUAACAUGGUACAUCAAUGACCGGAAGGUGCCCACGGCCAGCGAGGAGGCGAUUCACCGGACUCAGUACGUGGACGGUGAGGGCCUAUCCUACGUUCAAUCCCGGAUCAGCUUCGUGGCUCAGCCGGGCCACUUCUGGCACGGCAGCAUGGAAAUUCGCUGCGCCUCGCACGCCGCCCUGCCCUACUACGUGAGCAGCGAGGAGCUGACGAUCCGCGACUACGGCAGGACGGUCGAUAUAUCGGGUCCACGCAUGAAUGGCCCUAGGUUAGAUGGAAAGAAAGAUAAGUACACGCUGGGAAACAUCGUGGACCUCAGUUGCAACGCAGACGGGGAAGCACCCAUCCACGGCCUAAAGUGGCUCAUCAACGACAGAGAGGCUCAAGACUCGUACGUGUCGUACUCUCCACCUAACGGUCCUGGCAGCACGGCGUCGACGGUGCUCAAACUGCACUUUCGACUCGGCGAACAACACUUCAGCAAGGGCGAGCUCCGGCUCAAGUGCGUCUCCAAGCAGCUGCGCGAGUUCACGGCCGCCAGCGAGUACAGGGUGCCCAUCAGCGACAAGCGCCAGAGCUCGGGACUGCAGGUGUCCUUCUCCAGAUCCAACGGAAGCAGCCGACACCUGGGUUUCCUCUGGGCGGUCGCGCUCGUACAGAUCCUCUCCAGGAUCGCGGUUGGAUCGACGUAGUACCGCAGAAGUAGCACUACUAACAUCCUGUCUUCGUGGCAAUUUCUCAAAACAACUGGUGGCCGGAAAACAUCACGCAGACAGGAUCGCUGUCCUUGACAUCGCCGAAGUAUCCAGUGUCAUUGGCGAGGGACCCCGUGGGAGACAAGGACGCCAGAGUCGAGCAUCUAGUCAACGGACGAUUACGAGACGCUUCUACACAAAGCGACGACGAUAAUAACAGCAAAAACAAGAACAACAACAACACCAAAAACUGAGCGCUGCCUACACAGCACAAUCACGAACAAACACUUUUCUUCGAUAUUGACAGCGAGGUCUUUCUGCUCGUGCUAAAGGAAACAAACACAAAGAACUAGUGAAUGUCUUUCCCCUUCUUGUGUAGCCGUUCCUGCACGUUUCAGCAUGUACGAUUAAGCGUGCGUGCAUGUGUUUGUAUGCGCGUGUGAAUGACGAUGUGUGGGAGCGUACGUGUGUGCAUAUGUACCAAAUUGACACCAUUACAAACAUGAACCACUACUCCGUAGACGCGGAAAUUCAUAUUUCAGGGCGGAAUUACUGAAGAGGCUAUAGGUAUACAAUAAACAAGCAGGAGAAGUAGCGCACUCAAACUUCACGCGACUUAGUUCCUGUGCAGUGAUUUUCUUAUGCGCUGUGGAUUGCGUUUUCUCGUGAAGGGUAUGCCCAGCGUAAUUCCGGAAUACGGAGCAAUAGAGAGGCGAACAUAAAGAGCUCACAAUUUUCGCGACAAUGACUCGGGACAUCAGCCACUCAACUGAAUGAUGUUUUUGACUCAACAAAAUUACAAGCCGUAACCUGAUAAUUAAGUAUAAAAAAAUACAAAAAAACAGACUAUUAUACCAAGCUAGCUGUGCGUUACAACUCUGACGCAAUAUUAUACCGAAGAGUUCGUUUACCUGCGCCAAGCGGGCUAUAUUUGUGAUAUCGUUCCGUUUUCACAAUUUUAUUUCAAGAUAUUAAGAAAAACGAAAAGAAUGGAAGACGUUUUACUUACAUUUUCUUUUGUUUGUCUUUUAGCUAACAGCAUAAAAAACGACCUUAUGUCAGGUCGCGGUGCUUGCUCAAGGAAACCAAAGAUCUAGUUUGCAUAGGCCUAGUUUUCUCAAUACCUCACUUCCCAGAGGACCAUUGUGUUGUCACAGUUCUUAACAAUUUGUGAUUGAGUCAUGCUUGUCUCACUUGAGUAGUCACAAGAAAGCAAAAAAAACACACCAAAAAUAACCUCUAUUUGAGGUCUAUUUGUCCAAAGUGAUUGUGUACAAACUAUAUUAUAUGUACUUACCUCUUCCCUCGCCGCCUUCAAUCAAUCAAUAGACGCCUUGUAGUAAUAA